CCGCCUUUGUUUCCCGCCCGGGGUAGUGGGGAGGAUGCUGGCAUCGGACCCCUCCCCAGCAGUUGGUGAUAGUUUGGUGGUGGUCCAAGAUGCAGAAGUGGGAGUGAAAAGCAGCAGAGCUGAUGGGGCAUGAGGAUGCAAGGGCGUUUGAAGGCUUCCACACUCUCCACUCCAGGACAGAAUCAUGAAUAAACUGGAGGAUAAGCAGGACCAGAUGAUACCAUGAAGAGAAGCUUACAGGCCCUCUAUUGCCAACUGUUAAGUUUCCUCCUGACCUUGGCACUGACCGAAGCGCUGGCAUCCACCGUCCCGGAACCAUCUCCCAGGGAAUCUCUUCAGGUCCUCCCCUCCGUCACGUCCCCCGGCACCAUGGUGACAGCACCCCACAGCUCUGCCAGACACUCCUCCGUGGCAAUGCAGACCUCCCGUCCCCAGGGACCUUCCUCACAGGCCACAGCUCCCAUGGCCACGUCCACGCCCCGUCCUGAUGGGCGCCCUCCCACGGACACCAUCCCCACCACCAUGGCGACGGCACCCACCACCCACUCCGAAAGCCCCCUGCCCACAGGGUCCCCUCUGGCGGUCACGGCCACCCCGUCUUCCCACUCGGAGGGCCGUCCCCCGGGCCGGGUCACCCCCACCGUCCUGCUAACGCAGCCACCAGGAGCCACCAGCCGCCCGACGACAGGACCCUCCCGAGCCACCACCCGCAGGGCCCCGCGGCCCCCAGGCUCCUCCCGGAAAGGGGCUGGAAGUUCCCCACGCCCUGUCCCACCUGCCUCCAGCGGCCACUCUGGGAGGAAGGAAGGCCAGCGGGGGCGAAGCCAGAGCUCCACACCUCUGGGGCAGAAACGGCCUCUGGGGAAAAUCUUCCAGAUCUACAAGGGCAACUUCACGGGGUCUGUAGGGCCAGACCCCUCUGCCCUCACCCCCAGGACCCCACCCGCGGGGUCCUCCUCCCCGCAGCCCCAGACAGUGGCCGUGACCCCGGCACCCAGCAGCACCUCGUGGGCGACCCCCGACCCCCCUCCAGGGCCUGCAGAGGACAAGCCAGGCCUUCACAGAGGCCAGGGGAGGGGCUCCACCCUCACCAGCCCAGGAGGGGUGCCAGAUGCCCCGGCAGCCUCAGGUGCCCCUGCCAGUCCCCAGCCUGCCCCAGUGCCUUCUCAGCGCCCCCACGGUGACCCGCAGGGCGGCCCCAGCCACAGUGACUCUUGGCUUACCGACACCCCUGGCACCCGCAGACCUCUGUCUGCCAGCUCCAGGGUCUUCACGGCCACCACAGGGUCCACCCGGGCCACCUUCAUUGCCAGUGUCUCAGCCCCUUCCCAAGGGAUUCCUCAGGGAGCACCCGUGACCUCCCAGGCUCCAGCCCGCCCCCCCGGAGUCUCGGAAAGCACUGUUUCUCCAGUCGAGGAGGAGGCACCCGUCACCCUCACCACGGCCGACAGGGUGCCCAGUCCUCUGUCCACGGUGGUGUCCACGGCCACAGGAAACUUCCUCAACCGCCUGGUUCCUGCAGGGACCUGGAAGCCCGGGACAGCCGGGAACAUCUCCCAUGUGGCCGAAGGGGACAAACCCCAGCACAGAGCCACCAUCUGCCUGAGCAAGAUGGACAUCGCCUGGGUGAUCCUGGCCAUCAGCGUGCCUGUCUCCUCCUGCUCCGUCUUGCUGACUGUGUGUUGUAUGCGGAGGAAGAAGAAGACGGCCAACCCAGAGAACAAUCUGAGCUACUGGAACAACGCCAUCACCAUGGACUACUUCAACAGACACGCCGUGGAGCUGCCCAGGGAGAUCCAGUCCCUCGAGACCUCGGAGGACCAGCUCUCAGAGCCCCGCUCCCCAGCCAACGGCGACUACAGAGACACCGGAAUGGUCCUCGUUAACCCCUUCUGUCAGGAAACACUGUUUGUGGGAACCGACCAAGUAUCUGAGAUCUAGCUCCAACAGCCUGAGUUAAAAACACACAAAUAUAUAUAUUAUAAAUAUAACCUUUGUGUAACCCUGACUUAAUGAGAAACAUUUUCAGCUUUUUUUUUCCUAAGAAUUGUCAACAUCUUUUUUAUAAGUGUGGUUUAAAAAAAAACUUUACAGAAUGAUCCGUGGCUUUAUAAAAUAAAGGUAUUUCUAAGCAAA